CGAAUUGAUUGGCAAACUGCAGGACGGCGAUUGUCGUUUCGUCAGAUAUUUCUUUUCCCGACAAAAACCCAAAUUUCAGAAUCCUCUCAAUUUUCUUGCUGCAUUUUCUCACCAACCAAACGGUAUUUUAGAGUUUUUGAGCUAAUAAGUAAUCCCAAUUGAAAGUCAAAUCUCUCGGUUUGUUCGCUAGCUUUCGAUUUUCUCGCCGGCAGAAACCCUCUUCCUUUUGGCCUUGCUCUGUUGGACUCUCUCACUCAUGUCUAGUGUUUUAUAGCGAUUCUUUGAGAAUCUGUACAGAGAAAGAAGAACUCGAAAAGCUAUGGACUCUGCCGGUUUUCCCGACGAAGAGACGCCGCUGGUGGUGGAUAAUUCGCCGAUUCAGAGUCGUAGGAGGCAUACCAGAGAUGUGCAUAUUCUCAGCUGUGCCUUCUUGCUGAUUUUUCUGGCUUAUGGGGCCGCGCAGAAUCUAGAGACAAGUGUCAACACUGAGGAUGAUUUGGGGACAAUUUCACUUGGGAUUUUGUAUUUGUCUUUCACAUUUUUCUCUAUGGUGGCGUCUCCGGUGGUUCGAGCAUUGGGAUCAAAGAAUGCUUUGAUUCUUGGGACUACUGGCUAUUGGUUGUUCAUAGCUGCAAACUUGAUACCCUCUUGGUAUACUAUGGUUCCGGCUUCUUUGUACAUGGGAUUUGCUGCUUCGAUAAUAUGGGUUGGGCAGGGGACAUAUCUUACUUCUACUGCACGUAGUCAUGCCAAAGAUUAUAACUUACAUGAAGGAACAGUCAUUGGCCACUUCAAUGGAGAAUUUUGGGGAAUGUUUGCCACUCACCAGUUUGUGGGAAAUCUUAUAUCACUCGCCGUGCUAACAGAUGGAACAGGGGGAAGUACUAAUAGCACAACCUUAUUGUUCAGCGUGUUUCUCAUCAGUAUGACUUUGGGUACCAUACUGAUGUGCUUCUUGCAUAAAAGGAAUGGUAAAGCAGAGGAGAACACCCAGGAUUCUUCUCCCAGCUUCUAUGCUUCUCUGUUGUCUUUGUCAAAGGCAAUUGUCACUCCUCUGUAUGAUGUAAGGAUGUUAUUGAUCAUCCCCCUCAUGGCGUAUUCAGGAUUGCAACAAGCAUUUGUGUGGGCCGAAUACACCAAGUAUAUUGUUACUCCAACACUUGGUGUGCCUGGCGUGGGUGGUGCAAUGGCAGUUUAUGGAGCUUUUGAUGCAAUCUGUUCACUGGCUGCUGGUCGACUUACCUCUGGUCUCAAGUCCAUUACUAUUAUAAUUUCUGGUGGAGUCCUCCUUCAGGCUAUAAUAUUCCUGUGGAUUCUUCUAGGAUACAGCGCGGAGAGUGGUGUCCUCGGAAUUGUCUACCCUCUUAUAAUGGCAGCUGUAUUGGGUGUUGGUGAUGGAGUCUUAAACACACAGCUCAGUGCUUUGCUUGGGAUAUUCUUCAAGAACGACACGGAAGGAGCAUUUGCACAGCUCAAGGUCUGGCAGAGUGCUUCGAUUGCAGUCAUCUUCUUUAUCAGUUCAUACAUCUCAUUGCAGGCAAUGCUGAUCGUUAUGCUUGCCGCUGUUGCAAUCUCAUAUGCUGCCUUUGUUUGUCUCUCGCUUCGAGAGAAAGCAUUCCAGUCUUCAACUUCUUAAUGUGUAGACAUGAAAAUUGAAAUCAUCCUUGAGAAAAAAUCGUGUAUACAGGUAUAUGUUAUGUUUGCUAAAUUCUCCAAAUCCAUCCGCAAGGAAAUCUGUUGUUUGUAACAAGUUCAUCUACUUCAAGAGAAAUUAAUGGCUAGUCUUCAAAGUUCAAAGAUCA